GUGAGAGAUUUGGAGCAGGAGAAUGCCACCCUGCAGGUGGAGCUAGAAGCUCUUUGCAGUCAAAGUAUUGGGCCUUCUGCGCUCAGGGCCUUAAAUGAGGAGCAACUGUGGGACCUGCCCAGAGAGGCGGAACAAGCCAAAUUUCAAAGGGUAAA